UGAAACAACAUAAAAAAAACAUAAAGGAUUUAAUUAAAGUGUGAUUUAUACGUUUAGAAGAACUGAUGUGUUAUUAUCAGUAUGACUAACUUAAAGGGAAAUAAAUAUGUGGCCUAAUGUGUCCUGUGUGCUUCCAUCAAGGUGAAGGUUAGGAAACGUGUAAUGAUUAAUACAGACAUUCUGGAGCAGGUAAGACAUUAAGCACCUUUUUUUCACCCUUUCUCUCAGUCAGACACCUUAAAACAACAAGCAGCACCUGAAACGUUUCUCCACUCCCGGACCUGACACACAUCCUAACACCUACUCACCUUUUAUUUAGUCAGUGGACCAGAGGAAAAUGGCUGGAAGUCAUUGUUGGUUCAGUAUCAACAUUGUGUAAGGCAUAGCUGCUAUGUUUUCCUGAUUUCUUAUGCAUUCAGGAUUGGGUUUGAAAAGAAAAGAAUAUUUUAUUCGACUACGAGGAGUGACUUGAAUUCAAAUUUCUGCCUCAGACCAACUCCUCACUUACCUUCCACAAACAGGCUCCUGCUUGUCCAACCUGAACACACCCACAAGUGAGUGCUUUUAAAACAUUUAGACAAAUGGAGGUAGUCAAACAUAUACGCUCUUAUGCUGUUUGUUAUAGCCUUGUCCACAACGAUUUACCUCAGACAAGUUUGCCCAGUGCAGUCUCUGAGGCUUUCCACAACCACAAUGGUUACGUUUGACAACACCUCUUUGAACCACAGUGCCUUCUACUGUAAAUUUAAUGAAGAGUUCAAGUACAUCCUCCUCCCUGUCAGCUACUCCCUGGUGUUCAUCGUCGGCCUUGUGCUGAACACCACCGCCUUGUAUGUGAUCAUGUGUCGCAGAAAGCGAUGGACCCCGUCCACCAUCUACAUGUUCAACCUGACGAUGUGCGACACCCUCUACAUCCUCACCCUGCCUUUCCUUGUCUACUACUACGCUGAUGAGAACGACUGGCCCUUCACUGAACCGUUGUGCAAGAUUAUACGCUUCCUUUUUUACGCCAACUUAUAUGGUUCCAUCCUGUUCUUGUGCUGCAUCAGUCUGCAUCGCUUCGUGGGUAUCUGUUAUCCAGUACACUCUCUGCACUGGGUCAGUGGUCGUCGGGCCAGACUGGUUUCCGGGGGUGUCUGGGCCAUUGUAUUACUGUGCCAAGCUCCUUUACUCUACUUCUCUAGAACAAGUAACAAAUAUGGCCGCAACAUAUGCUACGACACCACCAGCCCGGAGCUCUUUGACGACUUCCUGGUAUACAGCUCCGUUGUGUCCGUGCUUAUGUUUGCCCUACCCUUCAUGGUGGUGAUGGUGUGCUACGGCCUCAUGAUGCGAAAGCUUCUUGAGCCUACAUGGGAGGCAGAGGGGAGAGAAGGGGAGCGGGGAUGUCUGGCAGGACGGCGAUCCAAGCAGAAAUCAGUCAAGAUGAUCAUCAUUGUGCUGGCCACAUUCAUGCUCUGCUUCCUACCUUUCCACUUGACCCGGAGCCUUUACUACUCCUUCAGAUAUCUCAGGCAGGUCGAUCCAGCACAGAUAAGCUGCAGUUUGCUGGAGGGCUCCAGCAUUGCCUACAAGGUCACCCGACCUUUUGCUAGCGCAAACAGCUGUCUGGACCCUAUACUAUAUUUCCUGUCUGGGCAGGAAACACGGAACGAAAUCAAAAAGACAAUUACAAAAUCAACAAAAACUGUGAAUGUGGACUCUCGCUCCACAACAGAAUUCUAGACUAUAUUUUAGGAACUGGAAGUAAAUGAACUUUCAAGACUUAUAUGAAGAUUCUUUUUGUAUUGUCUGAAGAGGACAUAUAUAUAAUAAAGCUAACAGUCAUUUCAUUUAAAGCAAUUUAAGAUAAAGGCAACUGGUCUGCUUUGGUUCUUAGAAAGUGUAAACUGUUCACAGUUUCUUCAGCCUAUAUCCAUAUAUAUGGAUCCCAAAAGAUAUAAAAUAAUAACAUUAAAAAUAAUCAUUCAAUAUAUUGAAAUGCUAUCAUUCUUAAAGAACUUAUGUCUACUUUAUUGAGUUAUGUUUAGUAAAACAUGUGUCAUGUAACCCAAAAUGUACAGGUAUGACUUCUUGUGAAUGGAAUUUCCAACAUGGCUAAGUUUGCCAUGAACAAAUACAAUCAAAUUGAUGCGUUUUAUAUUAAUUCAUUCAUAAACAAUUAUUCACACUGAGCUUCUGAUAAUUUUAUAUUAAUAUUAUUUAGCUGCACAGAAUAUUAGCAAACAGCGACUGGGACGCGUCCAUGUAUGUUUUGUAGUCUUAAUAGACUUACUGUAGUUACCAACAUAACAUGUUUCUGCAGGCGCAGAAAAACAACCGGAAACGCGUCGGUCUUCCGGAAGUGAUGAAGAUAUAUAAAAUUACCAAAAUCCGAGCGCUGUUGUCGUUGAUACUUUUAUGCGUUGUUGUUAAUGACGCUGUCAUUAAUGUGAAUAACAUCGUCAUUUUAUGUUUUCUGCUUUAGUGUUUCAGCGUCACAUCUGGGCAUUUAGCUUUAGAUUUUCAAAAUAAAAGCUUCGUUUUUAGCAUUAUAAGUAUUCUUUCUCAACUUUUAAAGUGUCCUAGCAUAAUAAUGCACGUUGAAACUGACGAUGUCUCACGGAACACUACUGUGCCGCCGCACGCGGUUUGGGAAUAAAUUAUCUGCAUCAUUCCCUUUAACGAAAUAGCUUUUAUUUCUAAAUUUACACAAUGACACGUCCCAACACGUUUAAAAGGAGAAAACAAACCAAAACUACUACUACUGUUAAAUAAACAUUUUUAAAUGGCUCGUUGGUGAAGUGUGACAAAACAAAUCAAUAAAUAAAAGGAAUUACAAAUAGCAAACAAGACCCCAAAUAAAAUUCAGCUCUUUAUUUUAAGAGAAACGGUGUACACAAUGUUGAAAUGGUAUGCAAAUGCAAAUUUAAAAAUUAAUUAACUAAUUAAUAUGUUUCCUACCCACUAUACGUGUUUUCACCAGAGACAUUUUAUAAUAA